UGCCCAGUCGGCAGGCAGAUGCCCUCCGCGGUUUCAGCUUUCUCUGCAACUUCGAGAUGACCACAUGGGGCUGUGGGCCUUGCUGGGCUGAUCAGCUGACCGAAGAGCAGAUUGCUGAAUUCAAGGAAGCUUUCUCCCUAUUCGAUAAAGAUGGCGAUGGUACCAUCACAACAAAGGAACUUGGGACUGUCAUGAGGUCACUGGGUCAGAACCCAACCGAAGCGGAGUUACAGGACAUGAUCAAUGAAGUAGACGCCGAUGGUAAUGGCACCAUUGACUUCCCCGAGUUUUUAACUAUGAUGGCUAGAAAGAUGAAAGACACAGACAGUGAAGAAGAGAUCCGCGAGGCAUUCCGAGUCUUUGACAAGGAUGGCAACGGUUACAUCAGCGCGGCUGAACUACGCCACGUCAUGACAAACUUAGGAGAAAAACUAACAGAUGAAGAAGUAGACGAAAUGAUCAGAGAAGCAGACAUUGAUGGUGAUGGACAAGUGAACUAUGAAGAAUUCGUACAGAUGAUGACUGCAAAAUGAAGACCUACUUUCAACUCCUUUUCCCUCUAGAAGAAUCAAAUUGAAUCUUUUACUUAUACCUCUUGCAAAAAAAAAAAAAAAAGUUCAUUUAUUCAUUCUGUUUCUGUAUAGCAAAACCGAAUGUCAAAAGUACCUUCUGUC